AUGGAUUUCCUCCCUUCUUUUCCAAUGACAGUCAACCCUUUAAACCUUCCUUCAAUACCUCAUACAAGUCCUAAAACAAGUACUUCUGCACCAGUUACUAUUCAAAAAUCUCCAAUUUAUACUCUAAAUCAAUGCAAAUUAUAUUUUGAAAAAAAUAAAGAAGAAAACUCAGGAAUAAAUGACGACAGUGGAUCUGUUGCAUUUCUUGAAGAGGGACCCUCAGUUGAAAUUACGUUAGAAAAUCAAAAAAAGAAUUAUGCUAUCAAAAAAUCAAAAAUUUCUACAGAAUCUGGCUGUGUAAAACUCACCAUUCCAAAGUGGACACUUCAUAUUUACCAAUCAGAUGAAAAAAUCUUGAACACAGUUCUCGCAGCGUAUCAUAUUGUGAAACACUCUCAAAAAACAAAGUAUCCAAGAUCAGUUUCCGAAAUUACUCAAGACAAAAUUAAUGCUAAAGACAAAUUCGAAAUCAAAGUUUUCAAAUGGAAAUUUGAUAAAUCACCAAAAAUGACCGAAAUCGAAGCCGAUACAGCUUACAAUCAAGAAAACAUACCAGAAGUAUACAAACCACUUGUCUACGGAUUUUCUUACCCCAACAAAGUUGUCAAAAUCGAAAAUGAUGAAAUAACUUUAGUUGACAUUAUUUCAUACGAAAAAUUUGUAAGGCGCAUUAGUGUUGUUAACGUCGCUGAUCGUCUGGCACAAUUAGAAGAUAAUGCCGACAUUUUGAUAGCGAGAGCCGAGAAUUAUGUUAAAUACAAACAAAUGCAGAGAGCAUUGAACAAACUAAAGGAGAAAUCAUACAGUUUAGAUAAGAGAAUUAAUGCAAAUGCCAUUGAGCUGCUCAAUCUUCAAAAUGCUGCAGCAGAAGGACAAGAAAAUAUUUCUGACAUCAAAAUGAAAAUUUUGAGAGCCCCGACAGACCAAAAGGAGGAAGAAGCAUUGAUCUGCAAGGAACGUGCUUCAAUGAUAUCCACUAUAAAUGGAAUAAAUACCCACGGAGACGAUCUUGAAUUAGAAAUGUUGUCUCAAGACGGUUCUCGAAUGAAAUUCGCUGAUUACGUGUUAUCAGCUUUCAAAGUCCUUUGCGCUGACCUUGGAAGUGGAAAUGAUUUUUCUGCAGACGCGUUGAAGCAGAAAUUGUCUGCUGCUACAGCUCUUAUUAUGGAAUCAUCACUUAUAUAA